CCUCCUCCCCCAACCCCCCCCCCCCUCUCUCUCUCUCUCUCUCUCUCUCUCUCAUUACUGUUUCCAGAAAUGGGAAUCAGGCAAUGGCUGAGAAUUCAGAAGCUAAUGGAAGCCAAGCAUCAGUGGCUUUGAAUGUCGGAGACGUCGGAGACAUGGAUCCCAAUGCAGAUUCCGGCUGCUUCUUUCCGUCGUCCUCGUUCCGUCCCCGAUUUACAAGGAGGUCCAGUGCAGUUUCCAUUGCUAUUUUCAACCAAGCUUCAAAAGUAACCAUAUUUCCACUUGUUAGUAUUACCACCUCUUUUGUUGCUGAAGAAGAUACUGUUGGACGGAUAAGAGAUUUAGCUUCCGAAGAAGAGAAUGUGGGAAAGACUUCAGCCCAAGAUAAUGAGAUGAAACAAUUGAUGCUGUGCUUGAUUUGGUUUUCGUUUGCGCUUUCUUUCGCGAAGAAUCAUGCAUCAUUUGGAAAUUGUUUCUGAUUUGGUUGUGUUUGAAUUGUUUUUUUCAUUUUGAAUGUGUUAGAUCAACUGUCAUCGUGGAUGAUGUCUACUGUGUUUUCAAGGGAGUGUUGGAGGUACUGUGUUUUCAAGGGAGAGAGACAAUGAAUGAAUGGGCUCUUUUAUGUAUGGUAUUUGUGUAGUAAAUGUGUUUCUGAAGAAAUUGUGCAAUAUGGGUUGACACUUCUGCGAGUACGUGAACCAAAAUGAUAAUAUAUGUGGUUGUGAUUAAUAAAGCGAUUAUUUUAUUGAA